AUGGAAAAAUUUGUUUGCAAUAGAUUCAAUCGAAAAAAGAAGUUAGGAAGAGGAGGUUUUGGAAUCGUUUAUAUUGCAGAAGAUACAGUAACAAAAGAAACCCUAGCAUUAAAAAAGAUAAUGGUUCGUUCUCCGAAAGAUGGAAUUGAAUAUCAUGCGAUACAAGAAAUCAGACAGCUUAAUGAAUUGCAACAUCCGAAUAUAGUCAAAUUCAACGGCGUAUUCACACACAAAUUUACGUUGUAUCUCUCGACAGAAUAUUUACCAUAUGAAUUAAUUCAUCUUUUCAAUAAAUAUCCUGAUCAUAAGUUACCAAUUAACAUUGUUAAAUGCGUAAUGAAAGGAGUUUUACAAGCUUUAUCUUAUAUGCAUAAUUCUAAAAUAAUGCACCGCGAUAUUAAACCAGACAACGUAUUAUUUGAUAAAAAUGGUGUUCCCAAGCUUAUAGACUUUGGUCUUUCUUGUGAUUUUCCAUCAGAUUUCGGACCAAUGAUCUGCCAAGCAACAACUUUAAAUUACAGAGCUCCUGAACUCCUUUUCAGCCAAAAUAACUACGGAUCUGAAAUAGAUAUGUGGUCUACUGGCGCAAUGUUUGCUGAACUAUUGCUAGGAAAGCCAAUUUUCGAUGCUCCAAAUGAUAUUCAUUUAUUAUCUCAAAUUGCAAAGACACUAGGAACAAUAGAAUGGUCUGGAUGCGAAAAAAUAAGAGCAUACAUGAAGUUUAGUGCUCCUGAAGGAUUUUCUAUUUCAACUUUUGAUGAUAAAUUUAAAGAAUUCGGAAAUGACGCACUUUCCCUCUUGAAAUCAUUGCUUGUAUUAGAUCCGUCUAAAAGAAUUACAGCUGAUGAAGCUCUUAAGCAUCCUUUCCUCUCUGAUGCUCCAGAUUUUAUUUCAUUUGAAUGA